AUGUCAACUCUUAAUAGCACUACUUUGCAGCCUCUGACCUUCCUUCUGACAGGCAUUCCUGGAAUGAAUGCCACCCAAGUCUGGAUUUCUAUUCCCUUUUGUAUCCUUUAUGCCAUUGCCCUCACUGGAAAUAGCAUGAUCUUGUUUGUAGUCAUCCAUGAGAGGAGUCUUCAUGAGGCCAUGUACUAUUUCCUCUCCAUGUUGUCAGCCACUGACUUGGGAUUGUCCCUCUGUACCCUCUCCACUACACUGGGAGUUUUGUGGUUUGAUGCCCGAGAAAUCAGUCUUGAUGCCUGCAUGGCACAAAUGUUUUUCCUUCACAGUUUCACUUUCAUGGAAUCUGGGGUGCUGCUGGCCAUGGCCUUUGACCGUUUUAUUGCCAUCUGUGAUCCACUCAGGUAUGCUAACAUCCUCACCAAAACCAGAAUUAUCCAGAUUGGCUUGGCUGUGGGGGUGAGAGUAAUUGCAGUCAUUACACCUAUGGUGUUGCUUGUCAAGAGGCUGUCAUUCUGCCAGGGAAAAGUUCUUUCCCACUCCUACUGCUACCAUAUUGAUUUCAUCAAGUUGUCAUGUACAGAUAACCAGAUCAAUAACAUCAUGGGACUGUUUGUUCUCUUCUCAACAUCAGGAAUUGACUGUCCAUGCAUCCUCAUUUCCUAUGUCCUGAUAAUCCAUUCCGUGCUAAGCAUUGCAUCCCCUGAUGAGAGGAAAAAGGCUUUCAACACAUGCAUUUCUCACAUUAGUGCUGUUGCUAUUUUCUUCAUUCCUCUCAUCAGUUUAUCUCUAGUGCAUCGUUAUAGUCACAAUGCACCCCUAUUUGUGCACACUAUGAUGGCCAAUAUUUUCCUCCUCAUCCCUCCUGUACUCAACCCCAUUAUCUACAGUGUGAAGACCAAACAGAUACGAAGGGCUAUCAUCAAGGUUUUCCAUAGGAUGGGGACCUGA